ACCGGCAGCAUCUCAUUCCCAUCUUUUUGCCAGCCUCUUUAUAUAUACACUCUCCUUCCAGCUGUGUGAUCAAAGCUCACCAAAACAAUCUACUUUCCUCCAUUCAUAUCUUCCUCAAAUUCAGAGUACUUACACACAGAGAGAAGAGAUGCGCUCUGCAAGCAAGGCUUCUUUGAUAGUGGCAGCGAGCAUGGCGGCGGUGGAAGCUCUCAAGGAUCAAGCAGGGCUGUGCCGUUGGAACUAUGCCAUCAGAUCUCUCAACCAGCAAGCCAAGAACAACAUCCGUUCCUUCCCUCAGACCAGGAGGGUGUCUUCUUCUUCUUCUUCUUCUUCUGACAUUGAGAGGAGGAAAGGAUCGGAGGGGGCCGAUGAGAAGGCCAAGCGAUCGGAGGAGGCGCUGAGAAAAGUCAUGUACUUGAGCUGUUGGGGUCCUAAUUAGGACUUCGGAAGCAGGGGAGACCCAAAAAUAUAACAAGUCUCUAUUUGGGUGUCUCCGCAUCUGACUAUUUUAGUACUUUGUAAAUAUGAUGAGCCUUGAGAUAUACUGCGAUUUUUUGAAAUGGCCUUCGUAUGUUUUUGUUUCCACCCGAACUGCAGUUCGAGAUUUUUUCACUUGUGUGGCUAUGCGAUCUUUGAAUUCCGAUAUGAACCCAUUAAAUGGCUGAGGCAUUUGAUUUUGAUCAGUCCUCUCUAGGAUGCAGUGGACUGGAGGAAGUCAGAGGACCAAAUUGAGAACACUUUAAUACCAACGCCUUACCGGAUACAUGUAAUGUCUCAUUUUAUGUAGUUAUCUUUGAGCACCUGAAUGUGUGCCUUCGCGGAA